AUGUCUUCUAUACUGGGUAAGCACAUGCGAACAGCUUCAGAUCCAACAGAAUUGACGCGGGCCAAACGACCCAAGCCUGCUCCUUUGCAGUCUCAUUCCGCAACUGAAGCCUGUGUUCCUUCUAAGGCUGAGGCUGCCGAUGAUGCGCGGCCCCAGGUUGGUUCCAUGGGACACUUUUUGACUGCCAAUCAGUGGGUAUACUUCAGCUCCGAAUAUGUUAUAUUAAUACUGAUAUGGUUCGCUCAACGGACAGUUGUUUUCUACGUUGGCGAAGAAGGCAGGGCAGCGUUCUUUGUCCACAAGCAUUUGAUCCCAUCCGCCAUAGUACGGUCUAUGAGCUCCUCUGAGGGUGUUUCCGAAAUUCAAUUUCAAGACGAAGAGCCUGAUGUUUGUUAUAGAGGCCAGUUACCGACCAUCACAUCUCUGCCUGGACCAGCGGCCCAGGGGCUUAGAGGCAAUUUUCCAAACACUCCUGAGCCUUCAACUGCCGACAGAGACUCAAAGGGAACAUUGACCAGUCUGUACCAGACGCUGAGAAUGUACUUUGACGCGUGCAAUUCCGACAGAGUCCAGGAAAUGAUCUCUUUCGAGGAGAUGAGAUAUGAGAACUACAAGACGAAUGCGAACAUCAGUACCGCCAGAACUUAUCUCCAAGAUGUCGGAGGAAUACCGAUGCUAAGAAGGGGCGACGCACGAGUGAAAGCAGAACUCCUACAGGUGAAGCUUGUCAGACUUUCUAAGAUGGCCGCAAAAUACGGCUGGCUGCGACUACUUCAUGCCACGCUGUUCGCAUAUGCAAAGGGCGAGAUCAAACCCAGUCGGACUUGUCCCAUUAUGCGCCGUAUUGAGCUGGCUUACUUGGCCUCCAGUGGUCUGCGGCAUCUCCGCAGAUUUAUGGCAGCAUAUGCUUCAAGCACGACACAAGCCCACAACGCCCGCGCUGAGUUGGUUCCGCUAUUCACAAAGUAUCUUGGCUUUCUUCGCGACGUCAUGGCACACCAGGAUAAUUGCAUCGGCGUUCCUGACCCGCUGCUGGAGCACACUAUACGCUGUACGCUACUGCUCCGACGGAACGGAAAGGCUGCUGAUUGCCUGAAUGAGGGACUGUUGUCAUUUUGCCUUUAUUUCCUGCUCUCCGUCUUGUUUCUUAAUAUGGUACCUGUUUUUGUGGCUGGUUCACCGGCGACCUACCUCGUUCUCCGCCUCGAACUGAGGAUUUGCUUUCUCGGACCAUCGCCGUUCUAUUUCCCAGAGCUUGGCUCUCACCGCAUGUGA